AUUUCUCAUCAUCCAUCACGUUAACAACGUAUUUGGACUCUAGAUUUCCUUUUGAUCAGAUCGAGUACUAUACAUCAGCUAAAGAUACAACAACACACGCUUCUUGCUAUCUGUUUCAUAUCUCUGUACCACGUCGAAGACGCAAGUCUGUCGAGAAAUAUUUGGAUAAAAAAUAUCUAUCUUGA